AUGCCGCCGUACAAACGACAACUCGCCGGCGAUUCUCCUCCCUCCGCAAUUCGUGCCUGUCGGAAGAGGAAGCCAGCGCCCCCGACCGGGCCACCUUCUUCCUCUGAGGGGUGCCCGAUGGGCCGGAAGCAGGAAGCGCCGAGACUUCAAGAAGAGGGGGCAGCAACAACAGACUGUAUCUCACAGCCACAGCCAAGAAAGAAAGAACUCUCAAACAAACAAGCCAGCAACUGCAACCAAAAACCUCCAUUUGGGACACAUGCGUAUCCUAUGCAGAAGAUAGCUGAACAUCGGGCGCCUUGUUCACCAGGGGAAGUGCACAUCUGCCUCUCACCAGGCGAAGUUCGCUUCCCCUUCUGUCUUGGAGCUGAGAUGAUGGGGAGCAUGACCAGCCUCAGUGGGUCUUAUUCAGACUCUUUAGAAUUCCAGAUCUGCCAAGAUCUCCAUUGCUUUUCGGAGGAGGAGCAGGAGGAGGAGCAGGAGCAGCAGCUGCAUCACCAAAGCCAUACUGCAGACAGCAAUGGGGAGGUUCAACCUAUCGGCCAGGCAUGGGACCUCCUGGACACCAAACGCCGGAGAAUAGAGGAGCUCAGGAUGGAGCUGAGAAGGGCGACGGAAGCCAUCCUGACUGCUGAGCCAGUAUCCCAGUCCCGCCAGCUGGAGGAUAGACACUGCCAUGGGGAGGAAGAGGAGGUGGAGGAGAAAGUAGAAGAAGAUGCAGAGUGGCAGGACGGGGACCAUCAGAACCACUAUGCUGCUGCCAAUGCCUUCGGAAGCCCAAAGGCCCUUAUGCCACUCCAGGAUGUGGACAAGCUCUCCUGGUCCGCUGGACCACUGCCUCUGGGAGGCGCCAUAUUGUCCAUGGCACUGGGCCCGGCCAUGUUCCAUACACUCUGGGUGGCAGACCCUGGAGUCAGCCAAUGGGGUCUCAGAGGGAGCGAGAGCUCAUCCCCCUUGCCAAUGACGUGA